GUCCUCAAGCAAGUCAAGCUGUGAUAUUUGUGACUUUGUUGGUAACUUUUUAGUGAUUGAUCUCUAGUCUGCUUAUGAAAGAAUUGUCCUCGUGAGGCCUAAAAUCCAACUGGACGAGGCAGCAAACGAACAGAAUGAUGUCUCGACCAAAACGACCCGUUAACGGCCGUAUUUCUGUUCACACUCACGAUAUUGUGGACGAGCUAUUGGACGACAAUGGCAAACAUGAACUCUCCAAGGUGAUGACGAAGUAAUUUUUCAAUAUUUAAGUACAUUAUCUACGUAUAUCUGAUAAAAGUUAAAGCAACCCUUUUUCAAUCUGUUAAACCUCAAUACUGUGUGACUUCUUAUGGUUAACUUCAUUGCAGGAUAAUCACAGACGAGCUUUAUCGGCGUCGUCAGUCGAGAGACUAAAACCUUUUGGAACGUACUCGGAAGUAAGAGCUUCCAGUGCCAAGUCAGCCUGUCCUUCGGACCAUUCUUUCAGAAUUCAGACCUGGUUGAAUGAAAAAUCCGUUCGAAAUAUUCAGGUAGUCUUAUCAUUGAGUCCAGCCCAUGUAAUCGUUAUCAGUUAAGUUAUAAAUACACCGGAAUUAAAAGUAACUUGUGUCCCUAUAACCCUCAUUGAAACACUCGAUCCAAAAGUAAACCUUAAGUUUAGCCCUAAAAUAUUGCCCCAUUUCAUUUCAAAUUGAAGGGCUUUUAAAAAAAAUAAUAAAAAAAAGGGGAUGGAGAAGUUUGUUCAGAGAAUAAUUAACUUCGAAAGAAUUUCUCGUAUUUGUAUUAUUGACUCAGACAAAAGCUCAUCUCAGCAUGAGUGCCGAAAUACACAGAGGCCUUCAAACCGCGCAAAUCAACAAAGCGGAUACUAAAGGAACUCUCCAGUAUUUUAAAUUUUAAUCUUGAUGAAUCGGUUAUCCUCCCUCUGUAGGAAAGGACCGACUUUGAGUCACGAGCCACUAAAAAUAUGUACACGACGCUCCUUGAUAACGAGAAUACUUUUGUAAAGGUAAGUCUGUAAGUGAGUAAGUAGCAAUUUCCGUCCCGUUAGAUAAUCCUGGUAUUAAGUUAGGGCUUUAGUAGUUGUGCAGAGAGUGACAACUAAGAACGGUAAUUAUUUAUUUUUAAGGUGUUAAUUAGCAUACCUUAAUUAAAAGGUGGUGUUGGUUGACAUUAGGAACGUUAUUAUGCUCAACUAACGGUCACGGGAAGAGUGCUUUUUUUUUUUGCCGCAAAACGCUAGAGAUAUACCAGCAUAAAAUAUGGAUGCACACUUAGGAAGUGUCGAGAAACUUAGUGACCUGAUCAAAAUAAUUAUAUUUUUCUUGAUUGCUCAAACUAAGUUCUUUAUCAACAACAUAUUGACAAACCUAACUACUGCAUAUAGACGCUUGCCUCUACAAUUUUGUUCUCUUUGAGUUGCCCUACUGAAGCAAAGAACUCACACAGGUGAAGUCUGUUUGCAAAUUGUCACAACUUAACCUAUAGUGUAACCACCACCCUUAAAGAAGUAGUGAAACCAUGAUUGUUUUAACUCAUAUCUAAACAAAUUACUUGAUCCUGAUUGGCUCGUACUCAAUUAUGCAAAACUUGCGAGUAAUUAAAAUCAUCAACCACUCUGGCUGCUUUCAAUCCUAUCCUUUGUUCAAUCCUUUCCCUCUCCCCCUGUUCCCAUUCCUACACAUUGGGGUCGUGGCUGUCAAACAACUCUUUGGGCCAUCUUAAAAUUGACUCAUGCAUUAGCUCAUUUACUUUUUGCUUUCAACAGGAUGUUGACAGUUUUAUUGACCACAAAGAAGCCCUUGACAGAAGAAAGAAACAAAUGCUCUUCAAGAAAUGGAGUGAGCGAGUGUACAGUCCUGUCAAGGUAAGUAAAAUACAUAUUAUUUAAAAGCUGAUGCUCAAGCUUUAUCAUUUGCAGCCCAUUGUAAAUAUUGCAUUUGAAUGGUUAAGAGAGCAAGUACAAGAUGCAUUUAAGCACAAAACUAAUAACUGGUGAUGAUAGCAUAACCAUGAAACAACCUGUGGAGGUGUGUAUGAGGUCAAACUCAAAGCCUUGUUGAGCUGAUUUACACAGUUUGACUUUUGCCCAAGAACACUGGGUGUUAAAUAGAUGAGAAACCACAGAAUUCUCUGGCAACUGUGCAAUUCUCUGGUGAUGGUGCAAGGUUCUCCAGCUACAUUUUGAUGGACUGAGCUACAUUAUUUCUAACUCAGUUGUUAAGUGAAAACAAACAAUGUAGCUGCCUGGAAAACCAACAUCAGAUCAUAACUACAGUAAAUACCAUCUGACAAAAGUUGUAUUGCCCCAUUAAAGUUUUGAUUUUGAUUUUGACUGUUAUGUCACAAUUAAAUAAUCAAUUAAAAUAUUUUGUCAGGAAAAAAUAGAUGAAGAAAUGAAUGGCCCAAACUACAGACACUUGGAUAGAAGAAAAAGGAAUAUUUACAAGAAAUAUCUCGAUUAUAGUAACAAAAAGGUGAGAAUAUACAUAUAUGUGUGUGUGUCCCUAUAUAUAUAUAUAAAAAAAAAAUCGACCUGCAGACUUCCUAUAUAUAUAUAUAUAACUGUUUAUUUUCAAUGAUUUUUUUUAAAGGAAAAUUAGACUUUGUAGAGCUAAGAAAGAAUAGCUAAAAUAGUGUAAGACAGGAUUGCUACCUGCAGUCUCUCCAAACUUAAGAUAAAUAAAACACAUUAAUUCCAAAAAUUGGUAUCAUGAAAAAAAUGAGCUUGGUUUUUCUAUUGUAAUUAUGUUAUUGAAGGGUCAAUCGAAUAGAAACAUAUGAAUAUGUUUUGAGCAAUGUGUAUCAGAUGUAUAGGGUAACAAAAGAGAGCGAUUUUAUUAAGAAUAUACUACACAAAACUAAUCUCCUGCAGCUCUGACAAUUAUAGAAACACUCAGAUCUCUGUUUUGGUAAAUUAUGAAAUACACUAGAAUUGAGUAAAUUUCCUGAGCACACAUGUAAAUGUCAUUACCAUCACUAACAGUUUGAUAUUGAUUCCUUUUUACUCAGGGUGUAGUAUUCCUAGAUGUGAUGUCUCCUGAGGAAUACAAUCCACUAGUUCUUAAUGCCAACCGGCCUGCACCACUUAAGGUGAGAACCUUUCUGACAACAGAGAAAACAACGAUGCUCAAUUGGCCUUUGUAGACAAGCCAAGCUCUUUCAAAGAGUCUGACCACUCACAUUUGAACAUUUCCUAUUGUUUGAUGGUUCAAAGUGAGACACUCUACCACCCAGUACCUGUUCUUGUAUUUCAUUUUGAGCACUCAUCUUUUCAUACCUAAAAGGAAAAGAUUCAGAAAUUAUAAAAAAUUAAUGCACCUUGUUGUCUUGGGUUAAACACACAAGUAACCAGUAACCCAGUAAUUAACACAGUAGCUUUAAAAUUUCAUCAAAUUGUUGAGAAGUAUACACAUUGUUUCAUGAAGUGAUGCAGAGUAACACAAACAGACCUCAAUUUAGACAUUAAUACUGCAAUGUACAAUUUGUAUUACCUACAAUAAACACAGGUCUAAUCAACUAACAGUCUGUACUAUUUUGUAAAUCCAAAUCAUUUCGAUAAGUUACUGUUGGCAACAGUUAAAGUAUCUUAAGUGGUUAAUGAAGGCUCUUAUAAUAACUGAUAUUUGAUGGAUGUUUUCAGGCAAUAACACAGAAACUAGAUGACCCUCUAUUAUCUCAAGGAACAACAAGAUUGGAGGAAGACCGCACAAUGGUGAGGUGCAUCACAGGAGAUACAAUGAGUGACAAACAACUAGAAGAGAUCCACCUCCCUUCAGCCCCACUGGUGCCUCUGGGUCGGCAUGGCACUGAGUGUAACACUUGGCUAAGAAUGCAAUUACAUGAUAUCGACAGUGGUGUUAGGAGAAGAAGCGGGUCAGUCUUUACUACUGCACUAAUUCACAAGAUGACAUGAUCUCCCCAAAAUUGAUAUACAACAAAUUUUAGCCAGUUUGAUAACACCAUUCAGAGGGCAGAAUUGAAAAAAAAGGUUCUGAAAUUUUCACUUCUAUAUGAAAAAUUGAAAUAACUUGUUCCUUCACCAAUGGUGUUUACAUAACUAUGGUGUUGUUUUAAAAGUCAAAUUCAAACCAUUUGUGUUUUAGUACUUUCACAUCAUAGCUGGUGGGUUGUGGGAGUGCAACUAUGAAUUGAGAAAACUGUAUGCUUCUUUUAGUUGCAUUUACUGGUGGACUGUUGGUUAAUAAAGAAUAUAAAACACUGUGACAGCAAAGCUGAGUAAAAGAGUGUCACUCUUUUUACUCAGUGUUUCCUCAUACUCAAAAAAUUUUUAAGUGACAAAAUUUUACAAAAUAAGAGGCUUUGAAUGGUCUGUUUGUUUUCAUUAAAUGCAUGGCCUUGGUUUAAAUGUAAUGUAGAAUAGGUCAUCUCUGAACUUAAAAUUAGCAUCUUGUAGAUUGUUUGAAAAGCCAAAUUUUUAAACCUUAAAAUUGUUUCUGCUUCUUAUUCUCACCUAGGCUUCGUAUGAAAGGAAUCUACAAUGACUCAGACAUUGACCAUGAAGAGUGGAGUAAGCUAGAAAGGAAUCCUGAAACUAUUGAUGUUGAAUUAAGAUCCCAGAAGAGACGGCUGUUUAGAGAAAAACACGCCACAACACUUCAGUUUGACUGGCCUGAGCUGCCGUCCAUCAGUAAAAAUACCACAUACCAUCCACGCAUACCCAAUGUCUUGCCGCUGGGCACUAGUUUUGAAUAUUAUCCAGAGCUUAGUGCAUCAUAUUAACAACACUAUAGAAGCAAAUUUAGUGAAAGGGGAGGGGGUCAAUGUUUCUCAAAAAUGUCUACAUAAAAUCAUAAAUAUUUGAAAACAAUUUUUCAACUCCACAAUGUUUUCAUGGAAACAUAUUUUUUGAUUUUUUAACGGUAAAAACAUUUUGUAAUGGAGUACAGUCAAGUCUAGUAUUAAAAGAUUUUUUCCAUGCUAUGGACACUGUAAAUCACAUUUCUGAUUUCUGAAAUAUCACGCCUAAAGUAUUUACAAUGUAAAUAAAUAAAUAAACAUAUUCUGAUUAUAAUCUUUUGCAGCUGCCUACUUAAUAUGAAAGUUUUAGAAAUAAAAACCACAGGAGAGCAGAUUUAAUUAAGUUAACUUGUUUCGGGCUGCCCCCCCCAACACUUUUUACUCUCGAGGUAAUUAAAUUCAACCAUUU